CACAGCACAAAGAGUGGAGGAGAGCAGGAAAGGAGAGCAGGAAAGGAGAGCAGGAAGAACUUUGUCUGUGGAGUUGCUCUUCUCAUUGCCUUCAGUUGACCUCAAGGCUUUGUGGAACUGGACUAUGGGACACGGUUAGCUGCAGUAUAUGGCCUCUGGCUGAAGCUCUAUGGACUUUAUGGGUGUUUGAGGCUCAGGCCUAUUGUGGAUGUCUGGGUACUGAGCCCCUGAGUCAUUGUCUAUGAAUACACUGGCUGUCUGUACUGUAGUGAGUGUCCCCAAGCCAGCUAACCUCAAGGAGGAAGAUGUGGGAGAUGCGCACAGACACAAACAUAUGUCCUACAGAACAUGAAUGAAAAAGGACGCUCUUUGAUGCUUCUGAGUGUGAAGUAAGACACAUAGGUUACACUACAGAGAGUUCUGGACUUACUCUCUCUUUCUCUCUCUCUCUCUCUCACACACACACGCACACACACCCUAACACACACACCCUGAGACAUGGAUACUAUGGUGAAGCAGUCUCUGGCGGUGCCCAUGAAGAUGCUGUCCAGCUGUGUGACAGGAGUGAAGGAGAGAGAGGUGUGGGCCAGGCGCAGGGCCAAGAGGGGGACAGGAGGAGUAAAGAGCAGCCCUCCACGGACAGGACAGACCUCCGUCAUACGCUCCUACCAAACUGACCUGGAGAAGGAGAGGAAGCUGAGGGAAGCCCUGAAUGCUCAGAAGCACGCAGAGAGAGCCGCCAUGAGGGAUCACUUCAGGAAGAAGUACCAGCUCUCCAAGGUUAGUGUGUUGCAUUAGCAGACCAAAUUAUACCCCUCUCGCCUAGCCUCUAUCUCCUAGCCCCUAUCUCCUAGCCCCUAGGCCCUAUCUCCUAGCCACUAUCUCCUAGCCCCUAUCUCCUAGGCCCUAUCUCCUAGCCCCUAUCUCCUAGGCCCUAUCUCCUAGACCCUAGACCCUAUCUCCUAGCCACUAUCUCCUAGCCCC